AUGUGGCGGCAGCCACCACCUGGCGGUGGUGGCUUUAACUCCGGCCAAGACACACUACCCAUGACGUAUGUGGGUGGCGACAGCAGCAACCAUGAUAUGGCGACAGCAUCAACGGCGGCAGGAACUGCGAGGAUAAGGUAUGCCUAUGGUUGUGGCCGGCUCAUCGCCUUCGAUGGUCUCAACACUGGCUACAACGUUGAUCUCCCCGAUGAUCUCUACUUCAUCCAAGUCUUCGCCGGUGACGGUAUCACUGGUGGGUUGAGCAAUAGUGAGGAGAUGGCAGAGCAGAAGAGCACGAAGAGGGUGGCAGUUCCACCAGAAAUAUUGACCACGAUGCUACAAGGUGGGUUUCUUCAGAUCUCUUGUUGCCACGACAUCAGAUGGAGGUCUCCGUCUUCAAUGGGGUGGUACAGCGGCAGCUCGGUGGUAGGAGACGACAUAGUGGUGGCGCUGGCGGGGAGGCAUAAGGGUGGAGAGGUGGUGGCUGGGAAUAGUUGA